AUGACCUCUGAGGCUUUCAAGCUGAAAGGCCUCUCUGAACAAGUUCGAAACGACUUCAUAAGAGAAGUUGGAGAGAGGCUGCAUGCACGUCUGGCUAGAGAGGCAGAAGAGAAAUCCAGAAGAGAAGCAGAAGAGAAGGCUCGUCAGAAAGAAGAGCAAAGAGUAAGAGAAGCUGCAGAGAAGGCUGUUGUUGAAGCUGCUGCUGCUACUGUUGAAGUUGCUGCUGCUGUCGCUGAAGCUGAAGUAAAAGCUGAUGCUGAAGAAGCAGCACACAUAGCUGCAAAAGAAGUUGCUAAGCCAAGGAAGAUUGUUCUGACUCAGGGGGAGAAAUCUCAUUCUGAUUUCGCUCCUCUUGUCUUGAAGACUCUGGAAGAGCUACAGAAGGAGCAACAGAUAGGGAAGAAUAAAAACAACUCCGAUGAAAUAAUAUCUAAGCCUCUUGCUGCAUUGUGCACAGUUAAAAUCUCUUAUGAAAAUUCUAAGCUAUGCAGGAAAAUAUCUAAGGUGUGA